GGAAGCGACGCGGCGGCCUUCCAUCACCUCCGUGUAUAUUUUGCGAGGAGCCUUUCCUCGUUGUACUAGGCACUAGCUGCCACUACUUCACGCUGAACGCUCAAGACAAAAUUUCAUUCGCAUGUAUUAUUAUGACUAUAAUCGGAACAGUGCGGGCGCUCGUGCAGUGUGCAAUAUUGUGAUUGUCGUUCAAACGUUUAUUUUUUUCUCUUUGACUCGUUACUCUGUUCAUCAGGUAACUUUGUUUUGUAUUUAAUAUUAUGAUCUGGCGAUGGCGACUUUGUUAAAAAAUGUGACCAACUGUAUAUGGCAAGCAUUUAAUUCGUUAGACACGGAAAAUAUCGGAACUGUUGUCAAAUCUAAAUUAAAAGUUUUAACGGCCAACAUUGGAAUUCUACUCGAUCUCUAUGGUGUUGAAAAAGGUCUUGAACAUUACAGAAGUACUUCUAGUUUAAACUUUCAGCACUUCAAAUAUUAUCUUCUCAGAGAGGUUUUUUUGUCCUUGCCAAAUACUUUGUCGUUACCGAUACUUCAAGAAUUUGAAUCUAAAAUAGAUGAGACUUGUUGGUUAAUAUGUAAAAAAGAUUAUUUAAAAAAAUGUCAAGUAUUACCAGAAGAUUGCAUGUACAAAUUGUUCAGGGUAUUUUGUUUCUUGUCCGAGUUGCAAACCGAUCCAGAACGACCAAAUCGAUUUCAAGUAAUAAUGGAUACAUCGGAAGUAGGCCUAGUAGCUUCACAAAUAGUUACUUCACUAGGAGCCGAUUGGGACCAAUCCGGAUUUGAAGAGCUUAUAGGUAAUGCAAACGGAUUUCAGUUUAGUACUUUUUUAACAUUAUUAGAGAAAAAAUAUUUGACCGACGUGGAUCGAGCUGGUCUAGUAGAAGCCCUUAACGCUGUAACUAAUAUGUUUAUCGACGACAUUAUUAAAAAGGGUGUAUUAUUAAAGCGAGGUUAUUUGUUACCAACAUUACGCGAGUAUUGGUUCGUUUUAAAGCCUUGUCAAUUACUCUAUUAUAAAAGUGAAGAAGAGAAAGAACAGUGCGGUUCUAUCAUGUUGGAUCCAAGAUGUUGGGUGGAUUCAAAUUUACAACGCAUUAUGCUACAUACUACAGAAAGAACUUUUGAGUUAGCAACUAAAGAUCAUAGGAGUAGACUUCAAUGGUUAUCUGCAUUGAAACUUGCCAUAUCCUACUCGGCUGGGACUGAAGGUUAUCAACGAACGUUGUUGCGUAGAAGACAAAAGAGAAGAAAAGCAGAAUUACAAGAAAAACAAAGAAGAAGUAGUAUAAUACACGAUAUGGAUGCUCAACUACAGGCAGAAAAGCAGGCAAGAGUAGCAAUGGAAAUUCAAGCUAAAGAACUGAGAGUAGCCAGUGAAAAACACGUAGAAGCACUUGAAAAUAUGCUGGAAGAAGAAACACAGGCAAAGCGUGAUGAAGAAAUAGUACGAAACUUACAAGCUAGGGUUUUAAGGGAAGAAUGGGAAAAGAGAGAAGAACUCGAAAGACUGCAAGAAGAGCAGAAGUUACUAUUGGAACAAGAACGGGAAAAACGAAUGGAAUUUGAAAUAAAACAAAGAGAAAAAGAAAACCAAUUACUAGAAGCACAACAAAGACUAAUCGAAUUGGAAGCUGAAAAACAAAGAUUAGACGAUGAGUUAAGUCGAGCUCAAAAGAAAAUUAGUUUUACAGAAAAAGCUGUGACAUCAUUAACGGUUUUACAGCAGGACGAAAAUUUGACUGCAAAACCACAAGUUAAAGUUCGAAGAACUAUGUCUUUUAUACCAUCAACUAAAGAAAGGCCAAUUCAAUUUUUUAAGUGAUUAAAAAUAACUAUAUUAUUUAAUUGUUGUCAGUACUUAUUGAAAGUUGUAAAGUUUAAUUAUUUAUUAAUAAAUUUAUAUUAACUAUGUUUAAAAUUAA